AAUUUCAAUGACUUGGACUCGUUCUGAAGUACAAUAUGGAAUAAUACAAAAACUAUGUCUACAUGCUAUUAAAUAUGGACCAAUUCCAAAACAUGUUGCUUUUAUUAUGGAUGGGAAUAGACGGUUUGCUGAUAGUAAAAUGUUAAAAAAAUCUGAUGGUCAUUUACAUGGUUUUACAAAACUCUCUGAGGUAUGUCGUUUUUUUUUCUUUCAAAUUUCAUUCUAUCUAAACAUAUUUAUUGAUAUUCUUUUUAGACUUUACAAUGGUGUCGUGAUAUUGGCAUUGAAGAAGUAUCAAUAUUUACUUUUAGUAUAGACAAUUUCAAUAGAUCUCAUGAAGAAGUUUCAUUUUUAAUGAAUUUAGCUGAAGAAAAACUUCAAGAGUUACUAGAUAAUAAAGAUGAAUUGAAAGAAGAUGAUAUAUGUAUUCGUGUUAUUGGAAAUUUAGCAUUACUACCAGCAAAAGUUCAAAGUUUGGCUGCACAAUUAAUGCUUGUUACUAGGAAUCAUUCAAAAUCAAUACUAAAUAUAUGUAUGGCAUAUAAUAGCCGUAAUGAUAUUACAAAUGCAAUGGAAAUCGUACGUUUAGGUGUGAAAGAAGGAAAAAUUAUACCUAGUGAUAUCACUCAAGAAUUAUUAUCAAAAUGUUUAUAUACACGUUUAUCAAAACCAUUAGAUUUAUUAAUUCGUACUUCUGGUGAAUUACGUUUAAGUGAUUUUUUAACUUGGCAAGUAUUAGAAAAUGAUACAAUUUAUAAAUUUAUUAAUAAUUAUUGGCCAGAAUUUUCAUGGUGGAAUUUUCUUUCAUGCAUUUUACAUUAUCAAAUAUCAUAUCUACAAUUAUCACCAUUAAUUAAUUCUAAACGAAUGAUGAAUAACAAAUUGAAUAAUAUUCAUAAUGAUGAUUCGAUGAAUAAUAAUUUCAUAUUGAAUAGGAUACAUUCAAAUGAAAAUGAAGCAUAUCAACAACGUAUUAAUUCAUUUUUAGAUAAUUUAGAUCAAACAUUUUGGCAAAAUAUGACUAGUUUAGCUACUUCAUUUUAAUGUAAACAAGAUUUCCUCUCUUUCUCUCUGUCUGUCUAUGUGGAUGUGUAUCUGUGCAAUUCCUUAUAGAAUGAAUGAAUCCAUCAUUUCACUUACCCAUUAAAUGUACAAAUGAUUUUACACUUACUUAUAAUGUAUGUAUUUAAACAAAAAAGAAAGUAAUAUUAUGAU